AUGGGAAGACCGAAAUCAAAGUCAUCUGUGCGUUCAAGGAAACGUAACUUUCUUACCCCCGGUGAUUGGUCCAGACAUGUACUAGAAUGUUUCACUACCUACGAGAUGCCCAAAGCAGUACUCAUCCAAUCCUCUGUAGUUGGCGUUAUUUAUCGCCUACUCCAAAUAUUUAUUGUAGCCUACUUCAUUGGAUGGGUACUAAUAAGGGAGAAAGGUUAUCAGGCUUCUGAGAAUCCCAUAUAUGGUGUGUCUGCGUUGGUAAGAGGAACAGCUUUCAGUUUCAACGAUAAAUGCAAGAGUAGUCUCCCUAAAAGGCCUGUAGUCUACUCUGAUGCGGAUCUUGUUCACCCUCCCAUUCAAAAUUCUGGUUUCUUCUUAAUUACUCGAGUAUUCAACUGUGUAGAACAGCACCAUUACACUUGUCCAGAGGUGCCAGACCUAUUGGAUGCACGCUGUCGAAGUGAUGCCCAGUGCCCAAAAGGCCACAUUGCUGGAACCGUUAUUCCUGAAGAUUUCGUGCAUUUAACAAAUUCUUCGUGGUUUGAUGUGGAGAACUACGGUCACGGACCAUUUACUGGUCGCUGUUUGUCCAAAACCAAAACUUGUGAAGUAUUUGCAUGGUGUCCAGUUUUGGAAACUACGGAUCCGCAAUAUUACGCUUGGUAUUCGUUCACGCCUGAUCAUAACGAGGAAGACCUCCAAUCUACUAAUAAAUCGGAUUUUCCUUAUAAUUAUUUUGUGGAUACUUCAUUUAUUGACGAGCAAUUGGAGUUGUCGCGUCUCAAUACUAUGGAUCAAAAUAAGGUGCCACCACUCUUUGAAGUUCUCAAUUUUACCGUGCAUAUUCGAAAUAGUAUUGAAUUUCCAUUCUACAAAGUGAAAAGAUCAAAUAAACUGGAUUGGAUGAAUGAAACAUAUUACUACUCUUGUCUUUACAAUGCAAACGAUAAGUACGAUCGCUACUGUCCUAGAUUUGUUAUUGCAGAUAUACUCCAAAAAUCCGGAGCGAAUGUAUGGCAUAUCCUUCUCAACGGAGGAAUAAUUGAUAUCAAUAUCAAAUGGAAUUGCGACUUGAAUAAAGCGUUAGAAGAAUGCGUGCCUGAAUACUCCUUUCGAUAUCUUGGAGCUGAACCAGCUGAUUAUGAAAAUGAUAUAGUUCAAAUGGAGGAGAAAUACAUUCUUGAAUAUGGAAAUUACUUCACUCUGGCUUCACAACAGAGAAGAAUCUUCCACAAGACCAAUGGAAUUCAAUUUCUGAUCACAGUGACAGGAAAGGGAAGUAAAUUUUCCCUACUUGAGUUUAGUAUGAAAAUCGGCUCUUGCUUGGCACUUUUCGGUACGGCUACACUUUUAUGCAAUCUCAUUCUCGUUCACAUUAGUCGCGAUAGACAACGAUAUAAGCAAACAAUCUGUCGUCUGAGAAAACUGAAGCGGAAUACACACAUCAUUCGACGUCUUUGUCAUAAUCGACCCCCACCCAAACCAGUGCUUCAUAAACCCGAAAAUCUUGCUCCAGUGAUUGAGUUUUACGCCUCUCGAAAGACUGGUAUCUUAGCGCCUUCAAUUAGAAUCAAUGUGAGAGAAAUUGAUGGAAAAUACAUAGCGAAGAUAUUUGAUGAGGAAUAUCAAUGUCCUUCCUUAUUGAAAAGAAAAUUUGCCCCUGUCAGUUUACCUCUGAGUGGAAUGGAUAGCAGUAUUUCGGAAUUAUUUCCUGUAAUUGAAAUGUAA